AAUAUAAGAGAGAGUACAUGAGAGUCCAAACUUCAUUCAAUUCAAGUCUCAGUUCCAAGAAUAUAAACAAAGAUUUUGUAUAUUCAUUUAAGGAGAUGAAGUCAAUCUUAGCCAACACUUCUCUCGAUUCUUCAUUCUCUCUCUCAAAACGUUACUUCAAUUGGAAGAAGAAGAAAGUUCAAGAAGACGACGACGAGGAAGAGGAAGAAGAAGAAGACGAUUACAACAACAACGAAGAGAAAAUCUUGACCCGUUUCAAUUUCUCCUCUGACCCGACCCGACCGGAUCAAUUCAAUACUCAACACAUAAUGAAGAAAAAAAAGAAAAAGACUAUUGAAAAGAUCCGUUACGCUCUCGGGUUCUCUAACUCGGGUCUGGGUUUCCGGGUCGUGGGUACUUUAUUCGGUAACCGUCGUGGACACGUGUACUUCGCCGUACAAGAUGACCCGACCCGUUUACCCGCGGUGUUGAUCCAGUUACCAACUCCAACGAGCGUUCUUGUCCGUGAGAUGGCUUCGGGGCUAGUGAGAAUCGCGCUCGAAACGGCGGCGUAUAAGACGGAUUCGAAGAAGAAGCUUUUAGAAGAGUCCACGUGGAGAACGUAUUGUAACGGUAAAAAAUGUGGUUACGCGGCGAGGAAAGAGUGUGGAGAAGCGGAGUGGAAGGUGUUGAAGGCGGUUGGGCCCAUAACAAUGGGUGCUGGAGUUUUACCGGCGACGACGACAGUGGAUGAAGAAGGGAAUGGAGCGGUUGGGUCCGAAAAAGGUGAGCUCAUGUACAUGAGAGCCCGGUUCGAGCGGGUUAUCGGGUCGAGAGACUCGGAGGCGUUUUAUAUGAUGAAUCCUGAUGUGUCAAGUGGUGGACCUGAGCUUAGUAUGCCUGAAAUCAUCAGAAGGUUUGAAGAGAAGCGUUUCACUUUGAAGGGCAUGAAGAUGAUGAGUGUUGAGAGAGAUUUGGCAGAGAAGCACUACGAGGAGCUGUCUGGCAAGCACGUAUUCGGGCGUCUGGUUGAUUACAUUGUGUCGUCCGGUCCUGUUGUUGCAAUGAUAUGGGAGGGUGAGAAUGUUGUGGAGACAGUGAAAGAGAUGAUUGGACCCACAAGACCAUCAGACUGCGAGUCUGCAACCAUCCGUCGGGAAUUUGGUAUUGACAAGAUCAGGAACGUGAUCCAUGGGAGUUACUCUGUCGAGAUUGCAAACAAGGAGAUUGCAUUGUGGUUCCCAGAAGGACCUCUCGUCUGGGACAACAAAAUCAACAAUCAUUGGUACAAGUUCGAUUGUUGAUCCCAUGACCGGCAAAGACCAAACAAACUGGUCCAAUCUAA